AUGCUAAUAUUAAAGGGUAAAUUACAUUUUCAGCCCCUCAAUUGGAAUACAAUUUGCUCUUCUUUUCCUUCAUGGACAUGGGUCCUUUCUCAUCAUCAAGUGGAAGGAUACUUAUCUUUGGAGAACAUACUUCUCGGCUCAACUCAGGAAGAACAUGGUGAACUAAGUUGCCCUGGGCCUGGGAAACACUCUCUCCAAGAGGACCCCAUUGAUGUUGAUGAUGCCACCUUAGUGGAGAACCUCUGGAGUUUGAUGAAAUUGAAAAGGACCUUCCUGCCUACUCUAAAAAAGCAUUGUCAGAUUCAAAAUGGACGUUCAUAAACCAGGAGGUACAAUUUUAUAUUUUAAUUUCCUCUCGUUUUUGUUUGGUUUUGUUCCCCAA